AUGGAAAACUUGGAAGACUUGGAAUUCAAGGAUUUGGAUUUGGAGGACUUGGAAUUGGAGGACUUCGACUUGAAGGACUUGGAAUUGGAGGACUUGAAUUCGGAAAACUUGGAUUCUGACUUGAAGAACUUGAACUUGGAGGACUUGGACUUGGAGGUUUUGGACUUGGAUUUGAAGGAUUUGGACUUGGAGAACUUGGGCUUGGAGGACUUGGGCUUGGAGGACUUGGGAUUUGGGAACUUGAGCUUGGAGGACUCUGACUUGAAGAACUUGGACUUGGAGGACUUGGACUUGAAGGUUUUGGACUUGGAUGACUUCGAUUUGAAGGAUUUGGAGUUGGAGAUCUUGGAAUUGGAGGACUUCGACUUGGAGAACUUGGACUUGGAGGACUUGAAAUUGGAGGACAUGGACUUGGAGGACUUGAACUUGGAGGUUUUGUACUUGGAUGAUUUGGAUUUGAAGGAAUUGAACUAG